AUGUCCAUGCAGCCAGCAACCAACGAUGUCCUGGAGAAAGCGCGUCCGUACAUGGACAUCGCCCUCAAGCGCGCUAAAAAGCUGCCGCUCUUCACACAAGCCAUUACAGCUGUCAUGGUGCUCUUCUUCCUACUGAGCUUCGUCUCUGGUAUCAAUGAUGCUUUUAUGCUCUAUCCAAGUGCCAUUAUACCAGACUGGGAACUAUCGCGGUUGACCACCUACCCGCUCGUUCACCUCUCUUUCCUCCAUCUACUACUCAAUGUCAUCGCCUUUGUUCCUCUUGCGGCGCGAUUCGAAUUGCGCUUUGGCACAUUGCGCACGCUAGCUAUGCUACUAGGCCCUUUCGAGUCUGUUCCUGGUCUCCUGUACUGCUUCUUCGAAGGUACCAUCCUGCGCAGUGAACCAGGUCUCGCUGGUGCCAGUGGAUUUGUCUUUACCCUGCUUGCCAUUGAAUCGAUGGUCUCUCGUCAAGAAAGUUGGACGAUUGCAGGCCGCAGUAUACCCGCAUGGACAGCACCUAUCGUCGCGCUCUUCGUCAGUCUACUCCUCCUUCCUGGCUCUAGCUUCCUGGGCCACUUGUUCGCCAUGGCAACAGGCUAUGUCUUUGGUUCUGGCCAUGUUGACUUCCUGCUGCUACCAAGUUGGGUCGUUGACUUUGUCGAACACCGCGGCAAGUUCUUGUUUGAUAAGCUACCGAAUUAUGUCACUGCUGAACGGGCCGCUGAAUCAUCAUUGGGACAUGGUGGUUUGCCAACGACAGAACAUCCUCUCAGUAACAGUGCAGGACUCGCGUCACCUGGUCUAGGACACCGGCUAGGUGGCCGAAAUGAAGCGGAUUCAGAUGAUGAGGAGAUUGGUGCGCGGUUGCCCGGUGCUGACAAGCGUCCGGGUAGCUCACGACGCGUGACGGGUGCAUAG